GCACUGUCCGUGAAAAAUAGGAAAAGGAGAAACAGGCUCCAUGACGAGGCAACGUACCUGAUAGCAGCAUCUCUCUCUGUCUUUCUGUCAGAGCCAAAUCAAGAAGCAAACAAAAGUGGCAGAGCUACAGCUUAGGCCUCUAAAAAGCGGUAAAAGCCUGAAAGGAGUUUUUAAUCACAGGAAGGGUUUCGAGCGAUUCUCUCGUCGGCCGAUAGCACCGCCAUGCUCGGAUUACUACUCCGUAGAGAAAUGAGAGCCAGAGCUCCCCAAGCGGUUUUCAAUUGGAUCGCCUCCGUCUCUUCUCCAAGAUUCAUUCAUUCUUUACCUUUUGCAACUGUAAAUGCUGAACAAAUUUCAGGUUCCCAACCAGCAGAAGUACACAACUUGGUGGAAGGCAAGUGGACAGGAUCAUCUAAAUGGAAUACAUUUCUGGAUCCUUUAAAUGGGGAGCCGUUCAUUAAAGUUGCUGAAAUAGAUGAAAUGGAAAUCCAGCCAUUUGUGGAGAGCUUGUCCAAAUGUCCUAAACAUGGUCUACACAAUCCUUUUAAAGCACCAGAAAGGUAUCUUAUGCUUGGAGAUGUUUCUAAAAAGGCAGCUCAUAUGCUUUCCCAGCCAAAGGUUUUCGAUUUCUUCAGUAGGUUAAUACAGAGGGUGUCCCCAAAGAGUUACCAGCAGGCUCUUGGCGAAGUUUAUGUUACUCAAAAGUUUCUAGAGAACUUCUGUGGUGAUCAGGUUCGUUUCCUGGCUAGGUCUUUUGCUGUACCAGGGAAUCAUCUUGGGCAGCAAAGUCAUGGUUUCCGUUGGCCCUAUGGUCCUGUGGCAAUAAUUACUCCGUUCAACUUUCCUUUGGAGAUUCCUGUGCUUCAGUUGAUGGGUGCGCUUUAUAUGGGCAAUAAGCCGGUACUUAAAGUUGAUAGCAAGGUAUCCAUUGUCAUGGAGCAAAUGCUUCGAUUGCUCCAUGAUUCAGGGUUACCUGUUGAGGAUGUUGACUUCAUUAAUGCAGAUGGGAAGGCCAUGAACAAGUUAUUGCUGGAGGCAAAUCCACGUAUGACUCUCUUCACUGGUAGCUCAAGAGUGGCCGAUAAGUUGGCUUUUGACCUAAAGGGGCGAAUCAAAUUGGAAGAUGCAGGAUUUGACUGGAAGAUCCUCGGGCCUGAUGUCAAGGAGGUGGACUAUGUUGCAUGGGUUUGUGAUCAAGAUGCAUAUGCAUGUAGUGGUCAAAAGUGCUCCGCACAAUCAAUCCUGUUUAUGCAUGAGAACUGGUCUAAGAGUUCACUCCUACGCAAACUGAAUGAUCUUGCUGCAAGAAGGAAACUGGAGGAUUUAACAAUUGGCCCUGUUCUUACUUUUACAACUGACGCAAUGUUAGAGCACACAAAUAAAUUGCUUCAGAUAACAGGGUCAAAGCUACUCUUCGGAGGAAAAGCUUUAGAAAACCAUUCUGUUCCCCCAAUAUAUGGUGCUAUAAAGCCAACCGCUGUCUUUAUUCCACUAGAAGAAAUACUUAAGGAUAGCAACUACGAGCUUGUAACUAGAGAAAUUUUUGGACCCUUCCAGAUAAUAACAGAGUACAAUGAUGACCAGCUUCCAAUGGUUCUGGAUGCCCUCGAAAGAAUGCAUGCACAUUUAACAGCUGCUGUGGUCUCAAAUGAUCCAUUGUUCUUGCAGGAGGUUAUCGGGAAAUCAGUUAAUGGAACUACAUAUGCCGGAUUAAGAGCAAGAACAACCGGAGCUCCACAAAACCACUGGUUUGGGCCGGCCGGAGAUCCAAGGGGAGCGGGAAUAGGGACUCCUGAAGCAAUAAAGCUGGUUUGGUCUUGCCACAGAGAAAUCAUAUAUGAUUUUGGUCCUGUCCAGCAGAACUGGGAAACUCCUGCUGCCACUUAAAGCAUAAUGAAGCGACCGCAACUGCACAUUCUUAUUCGAUUCAUUCUUGUAGAAAAAACGCAUAUAUUAUCGAUCAUUUCAUCUGUAUCAGCAGAUGGGAUUCUUGCCUCCGAUAGAAGAGACAACAAGAAUGGCUUUGCAGCUUCAAGACCAGAGAGUAAAAUAUCUCGCGGAACUACGCAUGAGUGCAUCGUCUCAGCAGUAGGAUAGCCUGUAAAAGAAGUGUGUAUUUCUAUGGAAAUUGGAUCAUUACGCCGAAAGAAUCGAGUGUUGGGGAGAUGAGCAUAAUAGUGGAAGAUAU